AUGGACCAUGGAGAGAACGGUGUUGAUGGGAAGCAGGAAAAGAGGGUGUGCACGGUCUUAUUCUUGUUGGAAGAAGUGGAUGCACAUGGAAGGAAAGUCCAGCCACCACUCAUGCUGAAGAUUAAGAAUUCAUUGCUUGGUAGCAAUGGACAUGAUGCACCAUUGAGAAUAUAUCCUCAUAAAGUAUUUGCUUCCAGUAAUAUACAGAAACUCCGAGAAUUCAUCAAGUAUGUGUAUGUGGAAAGAAGAUACACUGGAGAAAGUAGCAGCAAUCUUUCUAGGAUUAGAUUGAGUGAGAAGGAGCCUAAUGCAAGUAAGAGAAGUAGUUCAUUUCGUUUAGAGUUCAGAACUCCAAAUUCAAGUCCUGGUCCUUAUCCAAAAAGUGAUGACAAGAAUUUGAGAUAUUUAUAUGAUGAAAGCAGAAGUCCUAGAUAUACUCAAAAGUAUUCAAGGAAUGGUGGCCAUAUCAAAAGUCCUAUACAGAUUGAAGUUGUUGAUGACAGGUACAAAGAUGAUGAACGUAGAAAUAGAAGACUUCCAAAUAUAGAAGCAAAGCUAAAGAAAACUUCAAGUGAUGAUCUGAAGAAAGUGGAAACUUUCAUUCACACAGUUCAUUCACAAGUUCAGAGCACACCUCUUACCUCGUCACAGACCCCCUACAUUGGCCUCGCCUUGCGACAGUGGAAGCCCUGGUCACGCCGCCACAGCACCGUCGUCACGCCACCACAGCACCGUCGCCACACCGUCACAGCACUGCCGCCACACCACCACAGCACUGCUACAGAACCCCUAAAUCGCCACAAACGACCAACCACCACAACCCACAAGGCAGCGUCACCGAACCUAGCACCCAACCCCCAAACCGCCGUCAAUGAACCAACCAAGCAACGGAGACGAGAGCACCACAAGAUUGUGGAGACGACAACAACAUCGUUAAUUCAAGGCACGAGCACAAUGGGGAAGGAAAGGGAAGGGGAGCUGGAGACGAGGAAAGGGGAGGGAAAUUGGGGAAAUUCUGAGUAUAUGGGAACGAAUACCGAAUUCGAGAACUUAAACUAUUGUGGACAUUACCGAAGGCCAAAGACCCUCGGUAUGUUAUGUCACCAGCUCAUGACCCUCGGUAAAUAA